AUGCGACCAUUGAUACGUUUCAUGUUGCUAUUUACAAUUCACGCUGUUGUUGAUUCUGAGGAUGUGUCUGUGACAACAGUAAACGGCGACCUUGUUGGCCUCGUCGCGGAUACCAUACUGGGGCGCGUGGUGCAGUUCCUCGGCGUUCCUUACGCCAAGCCACCAAUCGGUAAACUGCGUUGGAAGCCACCAGAACCUCCUGAUAACUGGCGUGGGCCGAGGGAUGCACGUUCUUUCUCCCCGUGCUGCCCUCAUAGCUAUAAAACCCAGAUUGAGCAUUUUUACACAGAGGAAUUUGUGCGGGCCCGUAUAAGAGACCAGACUAUGAGCGAGGACUGUCUCUACCUUAACAUGUACGUCCCGAGAGCGGUGGUACCAGAUCGCGAACGUCUAUUACCGGUAUUUGUCUAUAUACACGGCGGGAAAUACGAGUGGGGAUCUGGGGUCGAGUUCAAUGGGACCUUUCUGGCACUACAAGGUAACAUGAUUGUCAUCACAUUUAACUAUCGCCUCAAUAUAUUUGGAUUUCUGUCUAAUGGUGAACCAGACCUCGCGGGGAAUUAUGGUGUGUUUGACACGGUGCAGCUCCUUGAAUGGAUCCAAACAAACAUCCGGGCAUUUGGAGGAGACCCCGCCCUCGUGACUGUUGGCGGCGAGUCAGCAGGUGGAGUGAUUGUCGACUUGUUGCUGACAGCGUGUCCGCAGGUGCGUACUCGUGGACUGGUAAGGAGAGGAAUUGCUCUAGGUGGGGUAUAUCAUCUGAGGCGUCACAGGGCGCUGAUUGAACAACGUACAAUUAACAACAGCAGAGCGAUCGCAGCUCUUUUAAAUUGCACGUCAGCACACGGGGAAAUAAUUGUGCGCUGUCUUCGCAAGAAGUCAACAGACGAACUACUUUCAGCUUUUCUGCAUUACCAGAGAGAUCCAGUGUUUGCGCCAAAUUUACUUCUUCCCAUUCCUGAUGGGAAUGUGAUCGACAGAUCACUUGAAUACCCCGGACCAGGAGCCCAUGGAAAGGACUACAUGAUUUCUGUCUGCAACUUCGACAGCGGGGCCUGGUUUGGGAUUGGAGGAACGGGUCCAGAAAUCAACACGACGGCUGCCAUAUCUUUUACCAAAGGAUUGAUACAAAUGCUUUAUCCGGGUGCUAAUGAUUUUAUGACCGACGCCGUAAUAUUUGAAUAUACGUCUCCCAACCUUCGAAAAGCGCAUCAAAGCUGGCUAGAAUUAUGGCAAGAUGCUUUUUUUCUUGCCCCCGGAUGGGAGCAUGCUUUACUUUGGCCAAAAAAUGCUAACGUCUACUUUCUUAACUUUGCACAUAAACCGUCUUUUUCAAAAUGGCCGUCAGUGAUUAAUGGCGCCAACCACAUGGAGGAGUUGUAUUUUAUGUUUGGGGAUGUAUUGGAUGCAGCGCUGUUCCCAUCGCGGCCAACCGACGAAGAAGUGGAUUUGAGUAUACAAUUUAUGACAGCCGUUGGGAACUUUGCAUGGACUGGCAAUCCCAAUCCAAUUUCUACCUCGGCUCCACUAGUUCCAACGUGGCCUCGGUUUGAUUCAACAGACAAACUGUACUUGGAGUGGACUGUAGGGUUGACGUCAUCUAACGUGAAACGAGACUUGAAAGCGAGGCGCAUGGAGUUUUGGAAUACACUUCUCCCAAAAUUCCUAACUAACAAAGGCUGGAGAGCCUGGAGUGACUGGAAACCAUGCCGGCAACCCUCCAUUGGGACUGGGAGUAGGUACUAUAGUUGUCGUAGAAGACUUUGCGACAAUCCUCUUCCAGAUUCUGCUGGUCAGGAGUGUACUGGGGAAGAAAUUGAAUGUGUUCAGUGCAGCUACGUGGAUCUUGUGUGCAACAUAUUCGAGUCAUUGGGUGUUUGUAACUGCGGGAUAUACUCUGACCAUGAAUACAGAACGAUGCACGCAGUCCCUUGAUUAAAUGCAGCCUGUAAUUGUUGGUCACCGAAGGAUUGUCAUUGACUUCCAAGUUUUAUGAGAUAAGCCAAUUAUUUUAUAUAAAAGGGGAGAAAGCAAGGUGUAAUGUUAUAAUUCUAACGUUAGUUUGAAAAUCGUGUGUUGUUGUGACUGCUGGUCUUCGGAUGGUUUAAACGAAAAUAUGUAACGAACCUGUCUGUUAGUUACUCAUGUCAAUCAAAGCGACAGAGUAAUCGGCACAAAAAUUUCAGAAAUAAUUCUUGUCAAUCUGAGACAGAAUGCGAUGUGUAAUGCUGGAUUUUGAAAAUCUGGUUAAAUACUCACAUGUGUGACGAAACUGAGGGUCUGUAACAGAAAGUCCGCCCUUUAUUUAGUUAUAAUGGUCAGGGUUAGCCUGGCAUGAGUGGGUCAAAACCCAGGGCGAGGCUUACCUGUGCAAAUGAAUGGGAAGCAGACUCUAUAUGGCGGGGAACUCUCCGUCACGUUACACUGGCACUCACGCGCAGAAUUAGGACUAUUUUGUGUCGAGCUGUUUUCCCCAGGAAUUUGGUCUAGUAACUUUAACUUUUCCGUUUGCUGUGCUUAGAACACAUGCGUUAUUUAUAUAAUUAGGACCAAUGCAAUGAUUGAAGUGCGCGGAAUUACAUUUUGACUCCCCUUUAAGCUGGUGUAAUGAUAAUGAUAUGAUGAGAAAUGGACAGACGUUAUGUUGGCUGUGCAAGAGUACUCGCUUAAGCUAUUAAAGUUUAUGUUACUCUAAGGCUGCAUGCGAGGUUUGCAUAACUCUCAUUAUGAUUGUCCAACUGCGACCUGAUUAUUCAGAAACUUGUCUGUUGGUGAAUUCGGCUAAAUAAAGAUGCGCUCCAAUUGAUUAGGUCGACUAAAAAGAGAAUACUGCCAAGAUAAAUCUAAAUAAUUUAUGUGAAAGUCGCUGAAGCUAAAAUCUUGGUCUACUUCAAAACCCACUUAAAAUGAAGUAUUUGAACUGAGUUUUUAGAAAAACUAUUGGAAAAUCCAGAGGAAUAGGCCUAAUAAAUAUAGAUUAGUUUAAGUCUUCUUUUUCAAAUAUAUUGUUACUAAAAUCCACGCCGAUAUGUACGCAUGAAAUAAGAUCACUUAGUUCAAACAACCAGUUAUCUUCGUCACUGGAUCACUGGAUAAGGCUAGACGACCUACAUCUUGCUAUCUACAAGACGGUAGAUACUGUAACUCAACUUAAGAGGUGGAGGUAAAAAAAUAAGGGUCCAAACAGAAAGAAGUACACGCCAGGGAAACGUACGUGUUUCUUAAGACAUGGAGG